UCCUCUACUUACUCAAGCUCUUCCAUAGAAAGCUCUUCAACUUACACCAGCUCUUCAACUUACACCAGCUCCUCUUCGGAGCCCACCACUUCUUCGACUUUCCCAAGCUCCUCUAUGGAUUCAACCACGUCCACUUCUCCAACUGAUACCUCUGUGGAUUCAACUACUUCACCUAGCUCCAGCACCAGUGAGGAAACAAGCACGUCUUCAAGCUACUCCAGCUCUUCCACAGACUCUCCAACUGACACCAGUACGGACACAACCACUUCUUCAAGCUUUUCCACAUCAUCCUUGGAUUCGACCACUUCUCCAACUGAGGACACCAGCUCCUCUACUUACUCAAGCUCUUCCAUAGAAAGCUCUUCAACUUACACCAGCUCUUCAACUUACACCAGCUCCUCUUCGGAGCCCACCACUUCUUCGACUUUCCCAAGCUCCUCUAUGGAUUCAACCACGUCCACUUCUCCAACUGAUACCUCUGUGGAUUCAACUACUUCACCUAGCUCCAGCACCAGUGAGGAAACAAGCACCUUUUCCACAUCAUCCUUGGAUUCGACCACUUCUCCAACUGAGGACACCAGCUCCUCUACUUACUCAAGCUCUUCCAUAGAAAGCUCUUCAACUUACACCAGCUCUUCAACUUACACCAGCUCCUCUUCGGAGCCCACCACUUCUUCGACUUUCCCAAGCUCCUCUAUGGAUUCAACCACGUCCACUUCUCCAACUGAUACCUCUGUGGAUUCAACUACUUCACCUAGCUCCAGCACCAGUGAGGAAACAAGCACGUCUUCAAGCUACUCCAGCUCUUCCACAGACUCUCCAACUGACACCAGUACGGACACAACCACUUCUUCAAGCUUUUCCACAUCAUCCUUGGAUUCGACCACUUCUCCAACUGAGGACACGGACACAACCACUUCUUCAAGCUUUUCCACAUCAUCCUUGGAUUCGACCACUUCUCCAACUGAGGACACCAUAGAAAGCUCUUCAACUUACACCAGCUCUUCAACUUACACCAGCUCCUCUUCGGAGCCCACCACUUCUUUGUCAACUACUUCACCUAGCUCCAGCACCAGUGAGGAAACAAGCACGUCUUCAAGCUACUCCAGCUCUUCCACAGACUCUCCAACUGACACCAGUUCUCCAACUGAUACCUCUGUGGAUUCAACUACUUCACCUAGCUCCAGCACC